UUCUGUACUCUCUCCGUACUGUAUUCAGAUACGUGCCUUUGUGCACCAUUACGACGCGGCCCUAAUGGCCUCGUAGCGGUCCAUUAGAAGACAACUGCUUCUACGGGAACAGGGCAGCCCUGUUCUCUCACAUACACACACAUACACACACACAUACACACACACACACCCUCACAUACAGCUCGUCUCCAAAUGCGUCCUGGACUGGCGGGUAUAGCGGUGGAGAUGCUGAGCGGUGCUACCUGCAGGGCCAGGCCGAGGCUGGGCAGCCUCUUGCUGGCCCCCGUUACCAAAACAGUGCCGCCGAUAUCAAGUACGGGGAACCGGAGAUUUCGGUCCACGUCCUCGAUGCAGGGAUUUUCAGAGUUGGCAAGAGAGCGGUCGAAGACUGUCACGUCGUUUUACAACCAGUCUGCAAUCGACGUCUCAGCAGAAAAGGCCUCAGUGCGACUGACCUUAGCGACCCUGUUGUAUUCUGGGAAGUCUCCGGACGGACACCACAUCUUGAGCAGCGCCGGGUAUCUACACAAGGAGCUGCCUGUACGGAUCGCUCAUCGCAUCAAAGGCUUCCGUAGUUUGCCCUUCAUCAUUGGUUGCAACCCCACCAUCCUGCAAGUGCAUGAACUGUAUAUCAGAGCCUACCACAUGCUCAUUGACUUUCCCCCGAUCAAGGAUCAGGACGUGGAGGCUCGUUUCUGUAAGCUGGUGCAGCAGCUGCUGGAUGACCACAAAGAUGUGGUCACCAUGCUGGCCCAGGGCUUCAGGGAGUGUCGCAAACACCUGCAGGGACAAGCACGUAAAGGAUUACGUCCGUCUGACGAAAGAUGCUUUGACGUGGAGAAAGCGAACCAAUCACAAGACUCUGCUGAUGACGAUGAGACAAUGGUCCGCAGCUUCCUGGAUACAACACUGUGCUCUCGUCUGGGAAUCCGAAUGUUGGCAACACACCACCUCGCUCUCCAUGAAGACAAUCCUGAUUUUGUUGGGAUCAUAUGCAGACGUCUGUCUCCCAAAAAAAUCAUUGAGAAGUGGGUUGACUUUGCCAGACGUCUGUGUGAGCACCAGUACGGUAACUCGCCCAGAGUGAGGAUCAACGGACACGUAGCGGCUCGCUUUCCCUUCAUCCCUCUGCCUCUGGAUUACAUUCUGCCUGAGCUCCUCAAGAACGCCAUGAGGGCCACCAUGGAGAGCCAUCUAGAUACCCCAUACAACGUGCCUGAUGUGGUUGUCACCAUUGCCAACAACGACAUUGAUUUUGUCAUCAGGAUUUCAGACCGGGGUGGCGGCAUCCCUCACAACAUAAUAGACAAAGUGAUGGACUACCAUUUCAGCACGGCUGAGGAGAGCGCACAGGACCCCCGCAUGAGCAACUUCUUCAACAACAUUACCAACACAGGAAACCAGUCUGGGCCUAUGCAUGGGUUCGGCUUCGGCUUGCCCACGUCUCGGGCCUACGCUGAGUACCUCGGUGGCUCUCUGUCCGUGCAGUCUAUGCAGGGCAUCGGCACUGAUGUCUACCUGCGUCUGCGCCACAUCGACGGCAAAGGAGAGAGCUUCAGAGUGUAAAGCCCCAGGUCAUCCUGUAAGACCCCAACCUUAGGAAUCAGGCCAUGCAGGGGGUACAGAGGGACUUCAGGACUUUGGUCCACAAAGUGAUAGCCUCUACAGUAUGUUGUCAGAAAGCUCCUAAAUUCACCAACCCACUACUUGUUUCUUUUUCUUUUUGCCUUAGACUGAUUAUAAGCUAUGUUAGCUCUCAAGUUGAUGAUUUCGGUUGUUUCCCUUUGUGUUUUGUACCCUGUGGCAUGUCAUCUUGAAAUUUCAAGGGGGUGUAUGAACUUUUGAAUGUUUAGGUUAUCGGGACAAACUGUGCAUGAUAGUGGACAUUGAUAUUAAUGAGGAAAGAUGGAGAGAGAGAGAGAAAAAAAAAAAAGAGCUUCAGUUUUAAAGAAGUUCACUUUUGAAGUUACUUGUCACAUAGCCUCAAAACAGGAACAGACAUUUUGAUGAUAAAUGUUACAAAUUAAACUUCUGAGACACUCCAGCAGCCCUGUCAAAAUCUCCUCACGAAGCUGCUCACAUGCUCCACGAUGAUUAAUAUAACUAUAGUUUGAAUUACCAAAUCCUUCCAGUAUGUUAUCAGCUUUUUUUUUUUUUUUUUUCAGAAUCUAAGGUCUACAAAGGAAAACAGCUGGUUUUGGUGGCAAGCGCACACAAGUUGAACUUCAGUGUCCUCAUAUUAAAGCUGAAGUGCUUGUGAGCAAACCUCAACCCUUGAAAGCCCUUAGCUAUACAAAAAACAAACAUUUUCAGCUGUGGCUGAUAAAUGCAGAAGAAACUGCCAAAACACCAAAUGCUCAUUAACAGAUUUCUGUCUUGUUCUGUUUUGAGAACACACACACACACCGUGAUGAACAUCUUUGUUCAGCAGUAUUUUAGAGGAGCUUUCGGGCAGGGAAGCCAAACGAGCUGUUCAGUUGCCUUACUGUGUGACGCUAGUCCUUCAACUGCAUGCUGACUUUUACUUUUUCUUGCGUUUUUCUUUUUUUUUGUUGUUGUUGUUGUUGUUGUUGUUGUCGUUGCCUUUAUUGGUAGAUGCACACAAAGUCAGUCAGUUUCAUUAGUUUUGAUGUCAGAUGUUUUUUUUUUUGCACAAUAAAUAGAUUUCACAUCGUAAUGCUCAGCACUUGCACCAAUCACGAUCAGUUUUUGACCUUAUUGUAACAACUUUCAGAGUAACAAUAUAACAGAAGUAUUGUCUAACAUUGUCUUCUUUUUUCUGUUUCAUCUGAUUUUUAGAUUUUUUUUUUUUUUCAGGAAGUGUGACAGUUGUAUUUCAAGUUUGCUGUCUUUUUGAAACAAGUUUUGUAUAAGAUUACAUUUAAAAAUGGGUCAAUAGCAGGAUUUUCUGCACCGUUAACUAUGGAAGUUCAGAUCAGCUAAAGUUGCUCAUCAUCAUGUAAUAAUAAUGCAAUUACCUUGAGACAACUAAUGUGUUUUUAUUUAUUUUGGGUUUUUUUUUUUUUCUCCCAAUUUAGAAAUGUCCAGUUCCUUAAAGACUUCAUUUCUUAAGGCCUCAGUAUGCUUCAAAUGUUGUAUGACGUACCAUGUGACCACAUCCACAGAGAAAAGUGUUUAUACCUGUUGGGAAUGGACAAAUUGCUAGAUGAGGUGCAAAAAGCUGGCCAUCAUUUCCAUUUCCACCUUCUGGCUGCAUCCCACUGCCUUCCUGAUCUCACCCUUUUAAGAAGUGGAUGGUUUUUUUUGGUCUUAAAGUGGACAUGAUUCUCGGAUCGUCCGUUUCUGAAAUUCAUAAAAAUUCUGCUAUUGGAAAGGGAAUUUCAGACGCUGUUAGACAAUCCUUCAAGCACUUUGAAGCAUAUUGAGGUCUUUACUCUGACCUGAGUUGACUUUAUCCGCCUCCACUCACUUGUACAGGUGCCCUGACCGACCAGUCGGGAGUCACUAGUGCAGCAAAAACGACAUGAUCCCUCACUGGCUUCCCACCCACAAACAUGGGACAGUUUGUUCAUGAAACACACAACGAGCCAGAAGGUGGGCGAGAACUAUAACCAUUUUAUUCUUUGGUUUUUUUUUAAGCCCACACUCUCAAAUAAUGAUGAAAUUCAAAUGUUAUCUUUUUUUUUUUUUCAUGUGAUGUCACCGUAAAUGUCUCAUCAACUCAGGAUUUUAAAAACAAAAAACAACUGAAGCCAAGUCAUGUGAUUUAGAAAUACUCCCUCAUACAACAGAUAGUCAACAUCAGCACUCCUUACAUUUUGUUGAACAUUCCCCAGUCAGCACCAGUUGGCAAACAAAAGAUCAACGAUAAUGCUACAUUUAUUUAGUUUUAUCUCUGUUUGGAGCAUACGUUAUUAUUUUAGCUUACGGUUAUCUUUUUAGCUCAAAGGGCAUUGGGGAACUUGUGUUGCUAUUGACAAGAACAAGACUAUAUGAACUUUGUAAACCAUCAAAAGUUAGUGCAAAUCAUUCAGCUUUUCAUUUUUUGCUUCUGACAGACUUGACCGACUAAUUAUCAUACCGACUACGAUACCGACUUGCAUCGUAGUCUUUGAGUUGUACAUUUUCUCCUAAAGCUUUAUCAAUAAGCUUUAGAAUCACACACAUUGUUUAGUCAAAUGAGGCAAUUGGACUGUUUGUUUUUUUUAAAAACCCAUAAAUAACAUAAGAUUCUGUAAUGUAUGGAAGCCUGUAGAGGACUAUAUUAAAAUGAUAAUGGAAAUUUGAAAAUGAAAAUGUGUUAUAAUUUUUCCAAGUUUACAUAAUCAUUUUAAUAUAGUCCCUUGCAGGCUUCCAUAGGAAUGUUUAAUAUCUUACAAAUUGAGUAAGAGUUUCAUUUGUCUUUGCAAAAAUGUCUUCUUAGAUUUUUUUCCUCACUGAGUUACAAAUGUUACUUUAAGUUAAAAUGAGAUUUUAGUCUGUGAGACAUCGUGAAAACAUACUUGAACCGGUUACUUAAAUUGUAAGAUAUCAAAACAAAGCCGUGAAUCUGAUUUAAUUUCUUCUUCUUUUUUUGUUGUUGUUUUUUUGACAUUUUAUGAAACAAAAAUAACCCCCUGUGUAAUUCACAGUUCCAGGAUGAUGGAGGAAGGCCUAUAUUAUCUGUACCUCUAUCCGUACUGAGGCCAUGUAUAUGAAUUAAUGUGUUUAUUGUGGCUUUUGAAGGUCUUGAAGAUGUAGUAUAUAUGUAGCUUAUGCAUGUAAAGUAAAGGGGAAGUAAACACCACAUAGCUGCCAGAUGCUGGUAAACACGGUUUGCGUCCUUUUCAAGACACGUUAGCAGAUUAACCGGCAUCGUUUAGAGAUUCUCUUUUAUUCCGAAAUGUUGAAGGAGGCUCCAGUAAAUCUUGGUUGCAGCAGCCAGGCUGUGACUUUUAUGAAGCAUUGAAUGUGCACUGUCUGCUCUCUGCUGGCCUAAAAAGAAAAGUGCAGGCAGACUGAAAAAAAAAGUUUUUGGGAUAUAAAAGUUGGAGAAAAUAUUAUGCAUAAAGAGCAUCAUUCUAGUUUUUGAAGGGGGAAGAGGAUAUAAAACAUAUUAGUUCACUUCUAUUUUCCAGGUUUUUGAUUUUGUAAUUUUUGCAGAUAGAAAUGAGACUUUAACAAAAAAAAAAUAUAUCAUUUGAACAUCAUCUCCAUUACAAAGCCAAACAAUGGAGUCUUGUUACCUACUAAAUGUGCUGCCAUGGAGUGUUUGUCUCCUAGACUGAAAUUUGUUUCUCCCACAUGUUUUCUGUUGUGUUCAGGACUCUGUAGACAUUAAAUUUUACUUGGUUGGAA